CCACCAUGCAGCCAGCUCAGGCGGGGGUGUCCUUCGAAGAGGUGGCCGUGAUUUUCACCCCGGGGGAGUGGAGCCUGCUGCGCCCAGCCCAGAGAGCUCUGUACAAGGAAGUCAUGCUGGAGAAUUAUGGGAACGUGGCCUCUCUCAGACCUCUGAUGGCCAAACCUGACCUGAUAUCCCAGCUGGAAGAAGAGGAAGGGCUGUUUCUCGUGGGGUGUGAUGAAGAGGCAGAACUGGCAGAUGGGCUCUGGAAAAAGCAUUGUUACGCGAAACGUGGUCCUGAGUCGACUGACACGUAA